AUGGCAUUGGUGUCGGCUUGUUCCCAGCUGGAGGUGGGCAGCCUGCAUGUCUGCUGUGUCGACAGGCUUUGGAAAAAGCUUCGUGGUGGGAGUUUGUCUGAGUCUGAGGACCAGCCGGAGUGUGGGCUGCCGGGGGGAACCACACUGUCCUGGGCCCUAGAAAGGAGGCGCGACCCGGCAGCCCCUCAUCGACCAUCAGUGGCCCAGCCUGGGCGCUGCCUGAGCCCCCGCAGAGACAGCCAAACACGCAGCUGCAGACGCUGUGGCACCACGGCGUGGGAGGAGGUGGCCGGGCAGCUGCGGGCAGAGCUGCAGAGCUGCGUGAGGAGCUGCAUGGUGUGGGAGGGGGCGGCCGGGCAGCUGCAGGCAGAGCUGCGUGAGGAGCUGCAUGAGCCUGCUGUGCCCUUCAGAACGCGGCUGCAGGACGUGGAGGUGCGGGAGAAGGAGUCGGCCACGUUCCGGUGCGAGGUAGCGGAGCCAGCGGUGGAGGCUGCGUGGUUCAAGGAGGAGACGCGGCUGUGGGCGAGCGACAAGUACGGCAUCGAGGCGGAGGGCGCCGAGCGCCGGCUGACCGUGCGCCACGUCUGUGCCGACGACGACGCCGUGUAUGUCUGCGAGACCGCCGAGGGCAGCCGCACCGUGGCCGAGCUCGCCGUCCAAGGGAACUUGACCCGAAAGCUACCUCGGAAGACAGCGGUGCGAGUGGGGGACACAGCCGUGUUCUGGGUGGAGCUGGCGGUCCCCGAGGGUCCUGUCCGUUGGCUUCGAAACCAAGAAGAGAUGGCGGCCGGGGGCCGGGUGGCCAUCACCGCAGAAGGCACCUGCCACACGCUGACCAUCUUCCAGUGCAGUCUGGAGGAUGCUGGGGAGGUGGCCUUCGUGGCUGGCCACUGCCGAACGUCUACCCAGUUCUGUGUGUCUGCCCCCAGAAGGCCACCCUUGUACCCCCCUGCUGACCCUGUGGUGAAGGCCAGGACGGAGAGUUCUGUGACCCUCAGCUGGUCCCCGCCAUCCCAGGGGGACCGCCCUGUCACCAUUGAUGGUUACCUGGUGGAGAAGAGGCGGCUUGGUGCUUAUGCCUGGAGUCGAUGCCACCAGAGCGAGUGGGUGGCCCUGCUGGAGUUUACUGUUACUGGUGUGGCUGAAGAGGGGGACUUCCAGUUCCGAGUGUCGGCCAUCAACAACUUUGGCCAGAGUCCCUACCUUGAGUUUCCAGGGACCAUCCACCUGGUCCCUCAGCUGGCUGUGAGGACACCGCUGAAGGCCCUGGAAGCAGUGGAGGGUGGCGAGGUCACCUUCUCCGUGGACCUCACAGUGGCCUCUUCCGGUGAGUGGUUCCUGGAUGGGAAGGUCCUGAAGGCCAGUAGCGUGUACGUGAUCCGCCGUGACCGCACCCAGCACACGCUGACCAUCCGAGAGGUGCCUGCCAGCCUGCAUGGGGCGCAGCUGAAGUUUGUGGCCGAUGGCAUUGAGAGCAGCAUUCGGAUGGAGGUCCGAGCUGCUUCAGGACUGACCGCAAGCAAGCCACCAGCCUCAGCUGCCCGGGAGGUGCUAGCCCGGCUGCAUGAGGAGGCACAGCUGCUGGCGGAGCUAUCGGACCAGGCUGCGGCUGUGACCUGGCUGAAAGAUGGCCGUGUGCUGCCCCUAGGCCCCAAGUAUGAGGUGCAGGCAUCCGCUGGGCAGCGGGCACUGUUGGUACGAGAUGUGGUGCAGGAUGAUGCUGGCCUCUACGAGUGCAUUAGCCGAGGGAGCCAUAUUACCUACCAGUUAUUGGUUCAAGAGCCCAAGGUGGUGUUUGCCAAGCAGCAGGAGGCAAAAAGCGAGGUGAAGGCCGAGGCAGGGGCCAGCGCCAUACUGAGCUGCGAGGUGGCCCAGGCGCAGACGGAGGUGACCUGGUACAAGGAAGGGAAGAAGCUGAGCUCCAGCUCGAAGGUGCGCGUGGAGGCAUCGGGCUGCACGCGGAGGCUGGUGGUGCAGCAGGCGGGCAAGGCGGACGCUGGGGAGUACAGCUGUGAGGCCGGGGGCCAGAAGGUCUCCUUCCAUCUGGGUGUCACAGUUGUCAGACCAACGGAGGUGACCUGGUACAAGGACGGGAAGAAGCUGAGCUCCAGCUCGAAGGUGCGCGUGGAGGCGUCGGGCUGCACGCGGAGGCUGGUGGUGCAGCAGGCGGGCAAGGCGGACGCCGGGGAGUACAGCUGUGAGGCCGGGGGCCAGAAGGUCUCCUUCCACCUGGCUGUCACAGAGCCCAAGGUGAUAUUCACCAAGGAGCAGCAGGCACAUAAUGAGGUGAAGGCUGAGGCGGGGGCCAGCGCCACACUGAGCUGCGAGGUGGCCCAGGCGCAGAUGGAGGUGACCUGGUACAAGGACGGGAAGAAGCUGAGCUCCAGCUCGAAGGUGCGCGUGGAGGCGUCGGGCUGCACGCGGAGGCUGGUGGUGCAGCAGGCGGGCAAGGCGGAUGCCGGGGAGUACAGCUGCGAGGCCGGGGGCCAGAAGGUCUCCUUCCACCUGGAUGUUGCAGAGCCGAAGGUGAUGUUUGCCAAGGAGCAGCCAGCUCAAAGCCAGGUGAAGGCCGAGGCGGGGGCCAGCGCCACACUGACCUGCGAGGUUGCCCAGGCGCAGACAGAGGUGACCUGGUACAAAGACGGGAAGAAGCUGAGCUCCAGCUCGAAGGUGCGCGUGGAGGCGUCGGGCUGCACACGGAGGCUGGUGGUGCAGCAGGCGGGCAAGGCGGACACCGGGGAGUACAGCUGUGAGGCCGGGGGCCAGAAGGUCUCCUUCCACCUGGAUGUUGCAGAGCCCAAGGUGGUGUUUGCCAAGGAGCAGCACGCAAAAAGCGAGGUGAAGGCCGAGGCAGGGGCCAGCGCCACACUGAGCUGCGAGGUGGCCCAGGCGCAGACGGAGGUGACCUGGUACAAGGACGGGAAGAAGCUGAGCUCCAGCUCGAAGGUGCGCGUGGAGGCGUCAGGCUGCACGCGGAGGCUGGUGGUGCAGCAGGCGGGCAAGGUGGAUGCCGGGGAGUACAGCUGUGAGGCCAGGGGCCAGAAGGUCUCCUUCCAUCUGGGUGUCACAGAGCCCAAGGUGGUGUUUGCCAAGGAGCAGCAGGCAAAAAGCGAGGUGAAGGCCGAGGCGGGGGCCAGCGCCACACUGAGCUGCGAGGUGGCCCAGGCACAGACGGAGGUGACCUGGUACAAGGACGGGAAGAAGCUGAGCUCCAGCUCGAAGGUGCGCGUGGAGGCGUCGGGCUGCACGCGGAGGCUGGUGGUACAGCAGGCGGGCAAGGCGGACGCCGGGGAGUAUAGCUGUGAGGCCGGGGGCCAGAAGGUCUCCUUCCACCUGGCUGUCACAGAGCCCAAGGUGGUGUUUGCCAAGGAGCAGCAGGCAAAAAGCGAGGUGAAGGCUGAGGCAGGGGCCAGCGCCACACUGAGCUGCGAGGUGGCCCAGGCGCAGACUGAGGUGACCUGGUACAAGGACGGGAAGAAGCUGAGCUCCAGCUCGAAGGUGCGCGUGGAGGCGUCGGGCUGCACGCGGCGUCUGGUGGUGCAGCAGGCGGGCAAGGCGGACGCCGGGGAGUAUAGCUGCGAGGCUGGGAGCCAGAAGGUCUCCUUCCAUCUGGGUGUCACAGAGCCCAAGAUGGUUUUUGCUAAGGAGCAACAGGCAAAAAGCGAGGUGAAGGCUGAGGCGGGGGCCAGUGCCACACUGAGCUGCGAGGUGGCCCAGGUGCAGACAGAGGUGACCUGGUACAAAGACGGGAAGAAGCUGAGCUCCAGCUCGAAGGUGCGCGUGGAGGCGUCAGGCUGCAUGCGGCAGCUGGUGGUGCAGCAGGCGGGCAAGGCGGACGCCGGGGAGUACAGUUGCGAGGCCAGGGGCCAGAAGGUCUCCUUCCACCUGAGUGUCACAGAGCCCAAGGUGGUGUUUGCCAAGGAGCAGCAGGCAAAAAGCGAGGUGAAGGCUGAGGCAGGGGCCAGCGCCACACUGAGCUGCGAGGUGGCCCAGGCGCAGACUGAGGUGACCUGGUACAAGGACGGGAAGAAGCUGAGCUCCAGCUCGAAGGUGCGCGUGGAGGCGUCGGGCUGCACGCGGCGGCUGGUGGUGCAGCAGGCGGGCAAGGCGGAUGCCGGGGAGUAUAGCUGCGAGGCCGGGGGCCAGAAGGUCUCCUUCCAUCUGGGUGUCACAGAGCCCAAGAUGGUUUUUGCUAAGGAGCAGCAGGCAAAAAGCGAGGUGAAGGCUGAGGCGGGGGCCAGUGCCACACUGAGCUGCGAGGUGGCCCAGGCGCAGACGGAGGUGACCUGGUACAAGGACGGGAAGAAGCUGAGCUCCAGCUCGAAGGUGCGCGUGGAGGCGUCAGGCUGCACUCGGAGGCUGGUGGUGCAGCAGGCGGGCAAGGCAGAUGCCGGGGAGUACAGCUGCGAGGCCUGGGGCCAGAAGGUCUCCUUCCACCUGGGUGUCACAGAGCCCAAAGUGGUGUUUGCCAAGGAGCAGCAUGCAAAAAGCGAGGUGAAGGCCGAGGCAGGGGCCAGCGCCACACUGAGCUGCGAGGUGGCCCAGGCACAGACGGAGGUGACCUGGUACAAGGACGGGAAGAAGCUGAGCUCCAGCUCGAAGGUGCGCGUGGAGGCGUCAGGCUGCACGCGGAGGCUGGUGGUACAGCAGGCGGGCAAGGCGGAUGCCGGGGAGUACAGCUGCGAGGCCGGGGGCCAGAAGGUCUCCUUCCAUCUGGGUGUCACAGAGCUUGAGCCUCUGGUCCCAGAGAGACCCAGCCGCAGGGAGCCUCUGGUGGUCAGGGAACAUGAAGACAUCGUCCUGACUGCUACGAUUACUGCAUCCUCCGUGGCCACAGUGACCUGGCUCAAGGAUGGAGUUGAGAUCCGUCGCAGCAAGCGGCAUGAGACCACUAGCUCAGGGGUCUCGCACACCCUGACUGUGCGUGGGGCCCAGGUGCUAGACAGUGCCGUGUACAGCUGCCGUGUGGGCACUGAGGUUCAGGACUUCCCUGUGCAGGUGGAAGAGGUGGUCACCAAGUUCUCCAGGCCCCUGGAACCUGUCACCGGGGAGUUGGGGGGCACGGUGAGGCUGGUCUGUGAGCUGAUCCCGGAGCAGGCGGAGGUGGUGUGGCACUGUGGGAGCACACAGCUGCGGGCAGGCAAGCGCUUCCAGAUGGCCGCGGAGGGGCCCCUGCGCUCACUGACAGUGUCAGGCCUGCGUGAAGAGGAUGCGGGAGAGUACGUGUGUGAGAGCCGCAAUGACCGCACCAGCACACAGCUCACUGUUAAUGUUCCCAGAGUAGUCAAGUUCACAUCAGGGCUGAGUGCUGUGGUUGCAGAAGAAGGCCGUGAGGCCACCUUCCAGUGCGUGGUGUCCCCCAGUGAUGUGGCAGUCAUCUGGUUUCGGGAUGGUGCCCAGCUGCAGCCAAGCGAGAAGUUUCUGAUAUCCCAGAGUGGUGCCAGCCACAGCCUGACCAUCUCAGCCCUGGCGCUGGAGGAUGCUGGCCAGAUCACAGUGGAGGCUGAGGGUGUCUCCUCUUCUGCAGCCCUGCGAGUCAGAGAAGCUCCAGUGCUCUUUAAAAAGAAGCUGGAACCACAGACGGUGGAGGAGCAGAGUUCUGUAACACUGGAGGUGGAGCUGACAAGGCCAUGGCCUGAGGUGAAGUGGACACGGAAUGCUGUGGCCCUGGUACCCAGUGAGAACGUGGAGAUCUCUGCUGAGGGCACGCGGCACCGCCUGGUGCUGCGCAGUGUGGGCUUCGUGGACAGAGGCUUCUUCGGCUGUGAGACGCCAGAUGACAAGACACAGGCCAAGCUCAAUGUGGAGAUGCGCCAGGUCCGGCUGGCCAGAGGUUUGCAAGCUGUGGAGGUGAAGGAGCAGGGCACUGCCACCAUGGAGGUGGAAUUGUCACACGCAGACGUGGAAGGCAGCUGGACCAAGGAUGGCCUGCGGCUCCAACCCGGGCCCACAUGCCACCUGGCAGUGCAUGGCCCCGUCCACAUGCUCAAGCUCUCUGAACUACGGCCACAGGACAGUGGGCUGGUGGCCUUCAGGGCUGAGGGUGUGCACACGUCAGCCCGGCUGGUAGUCACCGAGCUGCCUGUGCACUUCAGCCGCCCACUGCAAGAUGUAGUCACCACCCAGAAAGAGAAAGUGACUCUGGAGUGUGAGCUCUCAAGACCCAACGUCAACGUCCGCUGGCUUAAGGAUGGUGUAGAGCUACAGGCUGGCAAAGCAGUAGGCAUAGUGGCCCAGGGCACCUGCAGAAGUCUCACUAUUUACCGGUGUGAGAUUGGGGACCAGGGCAUCUAUGUGUGUGAUGCCCACGAUGCUCAAACUUCCGCAUCCCUGAAGGUGCAGGGGCGCAAUGUCCAGAUCGUGAGGCCCUUGGAGGAUGUGGAGGUGAUGGAGAAGGAGGGCGCCACCUUUUCCUGUGAAGUGUCCCAUGACGAGGUUUCUGGACAGUGGUUCCGAGAGGCCAGCAAGCUGCGGCCCAGUGACAAUGUGCGCAUUCGCCAGGAAGGAAGGAUAUACACUCUGAUCUACCGGAGAGUCCUGGCAGAAGAUGCAGGGGAGAUAAAAUUUGUAGCUGAAAAUGCAGAAUCUCGAGCCCAUCUUCGAGUGAAAGAGCUGCCCGUGACCCUCUUACGGCCACUGCGGGACAAGAUUGCUAUGGAGAAGCACCGUGGUGUACUUGAGUGCCAGGUGUCCCGAGCCAGCGCCCAGGUGCGAUGGCUCAAGGGUGGCGUGGAGAUUGAGCCCGGGCCCAAGUAUGAUAUGGUCAGUGACGGCCUUUACCGGAAGCUGGUUAUCAACGAUGUGCAGCCUGGAGAUGAGGACACCUAUACCUGUGAUGCUGGAGACAUUAAGACCAGUGCCCAGUUCUUUGUGGAAGAGCAAUCCAUCACCAUUGUGCGGGGCCUGCAGGAUGUGACAGUGAUGGAGCCUGCCCCCGCCUGGUUUGAGUGUGAGACCUCCAUCCCUUCUGUGCGACCACCCAAGUGGCUCCUGGGUAAGACUGUGCUGCAGGCAGGAGCAAGUGUGGGGCUGGAGCAGGAAGGCACCGUGCACCGGCUGACACUGAGGAAGACUUGCUCUACCAUGACUGGGCCUGUGCACUUCACCAUCGGCAAGUCUCGCUCUUCUGCCCGCCUCGUUGUCUCAGACAUCCCAGUGGUGCUCACUCGGCCGCUGGAGCCCAAGGCAGCACGUGAGCAGCAGUCAGUGGUCUUGUCCUGUGACUUCAGACCUGCUCCUAAGGCUGUGCAGUGGUACAAGGAAGACACGCCCCUGGCCCCAUCCGACAAGUUCAAAAUUACAUUGGAGGGCCAGAUGGCAGAGCUGCGCAUCCUCCGACUUACUCCGGAUGAUGCUGGUACCUACCGGUGCCAGGCAGGCAAUGCCCAGAGCAGCACCAAGGUUACCGUGGAAGCUCGGGAGGUAAAGGUGACACAGCCACUGCAGGAUGCUGAAGCCACAGAAGAGGGCCGGGUCUGCUUCUCGUGUGACCUGUCCCACGAGGAUGAGGACAUUGAAUGGUCACUCAACGGGACACCCCUGUACAAUGACAGCUACCAUGAGAUCAGCCAUGAGGGCUGUCGUCAUACACUAGUGCUGAAGAGUGUCCGACAGGCUGACGCAGGCGUGGUGUGCGCCACCUCUCCCAAGGUGUCAACCUCGGCCCGCCUGGUGGUGAGAGCAAAGCCAGUGGUGUUCCUGAAAGCCCUGGAUGAUACAUCUGUGGAGGAACGUGGCACGCUGGCUCUGCAGUGUGAGAUCUCGGAUCCCAAAGCCCAGGUGGUUUGGCGCAAAGAUGGUGUGCAGCUGGGUCCUAGUGACAAGUAUGACUUCCUGAACACAGUUGGCAUGCGGGGGCUGGUGGUGCAUGACCUGAGCCGUGAGGACGCCGGCCUGUACACCUGCCAUGUGGGCGGCGAGGAGACCUGUGCCCGGGUCAGCGUGCACGAUCUGCACGUGGGCAUUACCAAGAGGCUGAAGACAGUGGAAGUGCUGGAGGGGGAGAGCUGCAGCUUCGAGUGUGUUCUGUCUCAUGAGAGUUCAGGUGACCCAGCGGUGUGGACGGUUGGUGGGAAGACAGUGGGCAGCUCUGGCCACUUCCGGGCCACAUGCCAGGGCCGCAGAUACACGCUGACCGUCCUAGACGCUGCACCCAGUGACGCCGGGGAGGUGGUCUUCUCCAUACGAAACCUCACCUCCAAGGCAUCACUCAUCGUCAGAGAGAGGCCAGUGGACAUCACAAAGCCCCUAGAAGACCAACGAGCCACACCGGGGGAGGAUGCAAUGCUGAGUUGUGAACUGUCAAAGGCAGGAGCCUCUGUCCGCUGGCUGAAAGACGGGAAGGCCAUCCGCAAGAGUCAGAAGUAUGACAUGAUGAGCGAAGGCACACGGGCUGUGCUUGUCAUCCGAGGGGCCACAUUCAAGGACUCCGGCAAGUACACAUGUGAGACAGAAGCGUCCAAGAGCACCGCCAGCCUCCGUGUGGAAGAAAAGACCAAUCAGUUCACCGAGUUGCUGGUUGACCUGAAGGCAGAGGAAAAAGGCACAGCUGUGUUUGCAUGCAAGACAGAAUACCCAGCACCUGCUGUGACCUGGCGCAAGGGCCUCAUGGAGCUGCGGGCCUCAGGAAAACACAUCCUCAGCCAGGAGGGUUUGACCCUGAGGCUCACAAUCAAUGCCCUGGAAAAGGCAGACAGCGACACCUACACCUGCGACAUUGGCCAAGCCCAGUCCCAGGCCCAGCUCUCGGUGCAUGGCCGGAGAGUGCUUAUCACCGAGGACCUGGAGGACACAGAUGUGCAGGAGGGCGCCUCUGCUACCUUCUGCUGCCGUGUUUCCCCCGCCGACUAUGGACCCGUUCAUUGGUUUUUGGACAAGACCCCACUGCAUGCCAAUGAGCUCAAUGAGAUCGAGGCCCGGCCUGGGGGCUACCACGUGCUCACCCUGCGGCAGCUGGCGCUCAAGGACUCGGGCACCGUCUACUUGGAGGCGGGUGACCAGCGCACCUCAGCCACCCUGAGAGUCACCGAAAAACCAAGCAUCUUCUCCCGCCCUCUCAUGGAUGUCACAGUUACAGAAGGCGAGGACCUUAGCCUUGAAUGUGAGACUUCCACUCUGGAUAUCCCUGUGCGCUGGACCAAGGAUGGAAAGACGGUGCGGUCAUCUGCACGGUGCCAAAUGAGCUAUGAGGGCUGCCGGGCCCAGCUGGUUAUCACUGGCACCACCCUGCAGGAUGGUGGGCGGUACAAAUGUGAAGCUGGCGGGGCCUGGAGCAGCUCCAUUGUCAGGAUCCACGCACGGCCAGUACGGUUCCGGGAGGCCCUGAAGGACAUGGAGGUACCAGAGGGUGGAGCUGCCACGUUGCGCUGUGUACUCUCAUCCGUGGCUGCACCUGUGGAGUGGCGCCAUGGAGAGGAUGUUCUAAAAUCUGGUGGGAAGUACAGCUUGCGCCAAGAGGGUGCCAUGCUCGAGCUGGUUGUCCGAGACCUGCAACCCAAGGACAGUGGGCAGUACUCGUGUUCCUUUGGGGACCAGGUGACCUUGGCCACACUCACUGUGAAGGCCCUGCCUGCCCAGUUCAUAGGAAAACUGAGAAGCAAGGAGGCCACAGAAGGGACCACAGCCACUCUGCGGUGUGAACUGAGCAAAGAGGCCCUGGUGGAGUGGAGAAAGGGAGCAGAGACCCUCAGAGAUGGGGACAGACACAGCGUGAGGCAGGAUGGCACUGUGUGUGAGCUGCAGAUCCAGAGCCUGGCUGAAACAGAUGCUGGGGAGUACUCGUGCGUGUGUGGGCAGGAGAAGACUUCAGCCACGCUGACUGUCAGGGCCCUGCCUGCCCACUUCAUUGGAAGACUGAGAAGCAGAGAGGCCACAGAAGGAGAUACAGCCACGUUUCACUGUGAGCUGAGCAAGGCAGCCCCAGUGGAGUGGAGAAAGGGAACAGAGACCCUGAGAAACAGGGACAGACACAGCCUGAGGCAGACUGGGGCUGUGUGUGAGCUGCAGAUCAGUGGCCUGGCUGUGGCAGACGCUGGGGAGUACUCCUGCGUGUGUGGGAAGGAGAGGACCUCUGCCAUGCUGACUGUCAAGGGCCUGCCUGCUAGGUUUACAGAAGGUCUGAAGAAUGAAGAGGCCACAGAAGGGGCCACAGCUACUCUGCAAUGUAAGCUGAGCAAAGAGGCCCCCGUGGAGUGGAAAAAGGGAACGAAGUCCCUUAUAGCUGGGGACAGAUACAGCCUCAGACAGGAAGGGGCCACGUGUGAGCUACAGAUCCAUGGCCUGGCUGUGGCAGAUGCUGGAGAGUAUUCCUGUGUGUGUGGUCAGGAGAGGACCUCAGCCACGCUCACCGUCAGGGCAUUGCCUGCCAGAUUCCUAGAAGACUUGAAAAGCCAAGCCAACAUUGAAGGUGCCACAGCCAUGCUGCGGUGUGAACUCUCCAAGGGGGCUCCUGUGAAGUGGAAGAAGGGGUCUGAAACCCUCCAAGAUGGGGGCAGAUACAGCCUGAGGCAGGAUGGGGCCGUGUGUGAGCUGCAGAUCCGUGGCCUGGCCAUGACAGAUGCUGGGGAGUACUCCUGUGUGUGUGGGCAGGAGCGGACCUCGGCCAUGCUGACUGUCCAGGCUCUGCCCACCAAGUUCACAGAGGGUCUGAAGAAUGAAGAGGCCACAGAAGGGGCCACGGCCACACUCCAGUGUGUGCUGAACAAAGAAGCCCCAGUGGAGUGGAAGAAGGGAACAAAGACCCUCAGAGAUGGGGAGAGAUACAGCCUGAGGCAGGCUGGGGCUGUGUGUGAGCUGCAGAUCCGUAGCCUGGCUGAAACAGAUGCCGGGGAGUACUCCUGUGUGUGUGGGCAGGAGAGGACCACAGCCACACUGACCGUCAGGGCCCUGCCUGCCAAAUUCAUAGAAGACUUGAGAAGCCAAGAGGCCACGGAAGGGGCCACAGCCACACUGCGCUGUGUCUUGACCAAGGCGGCACCUGUGGAGUGGAGGAAGGGGUCUGAGACCCUGAGAGAUGGGGACAGGCACAGGCUGAGGCGGGAAGGAGCCGUGUGUGAGCUGCAGAUCUGUGGCCUGGCUGUGGCAGAUGCUGGGGAGUACUCCUGUGUGUGUGGGCAGGAGAAGACUUCAGCCACGCUGACCAUCAGGGCCCUGCCUGCCAGAUUCACAGAAGACAUGAGAAGCCAGGAGGCCGUGGAAGGGUCCACUGCCACGCUGAGCUGUGAGCUGAGCAAGGUGUCUGCUGUGCAGUGGAGGAAGGGAAAAGAGAUCCUAGAAGAUGGAGGAAGAUACAGCCUGAGGCCUGUGUGUGAGCUGCAGAUCCGUGACUUGGCCGUGGCAGAUGCCGGGGAGUACUCGUGUGUGUGUGGGCAGGAGAGGACCUCAGCCAUGCUGACUGUCCAGGCUCUGCCUGCCAGAUUCAUGGAAGACCUGAAAAGCCAUGAGUCUGAAGGGGCUGCGUUCAUGCUGCAGUGUGAACUGUGCAAGGCAGACCCUUGGAAUGUGGAGUGGUGCAAGGGGAAAGAAGUCUGGAGAGAUGGAGGCAGAUGUAGCCUGAGACAUCAUGGGGCUUUGUGUGAGCUGUGGAUCCAUAGGCUCUCAGUUCAGGAUGCUGCGAUAGGGGCUAUGGAGGACAGGGCCGUAUGUGAGCUACAGAUACAUAGCCUGGCCCUGGAAGAUUCUGGCAAGUAUUGAUGUAUUUGUGGGAAACAGGGAAUGGCCACUCUGACUGUCGGGGCUCUGCCCACCAAGUUCACAGAGGGUCUGAAGAAUGAAGAGGCCACAGAAGGGGCCACGGCCACACUCCAGUGUGUGCUGAACAAAGAAGCCCCAGUGGAGUGGAAGAAGGGAACAAAGACCCUCAGAGAUGGGGAGAGAUACAGCCUGAGGCAGGCUGGGGCUGUGUGUGAGCUGCAGAUCCGUAGCCUGGCUGAAACAGAUGCCGGGGAGUACUCCUGUGUGUGUGGGCAGGAGAGGACCACAGCCACACUGACCGUCAGGGCCCUGCCUGCCAAAUUCAUAGAAGACUUGAGAAGCCAAGAGGCCACGGAAGGGGCCACAGCCACACUGCGCUGUGUCUUGACCAAGGCGGCACCUGUGGAGUGGAGGAAGGGGUCUGAGACCCUGAGAGAUGGGGACAGGCACAGGCUGAGGCGGGAAGGAGCCGUGUGUGAGCUGCAGAUCUGUGGCCUGGCUGUGGCAGAUGCUGGGGAGUACUCCUGUGUGUGUGGGCAGGAGAAGACUUCAGCCACGCUGACCAUCAGGGCCCUGCCUGCCAGAUUCACAGAAGACAUGAGAAGCCAGGAGGCCGUGGAAGGGUCCACUGCCACGCUGAGCUGUGAGCUGAGCAAGGUGUCUGCUGUGCAGUGGAGGAAGGGAAAAGAGAUCCUAGAAGAUGGAGGAAGAUACAGCCUGAGGCAGAACGGAGCUGUGUGUGAGCUGCAGAUCCGUGACUUGGCUGUGGCAGAUGCCGGGGAGUACUCGUGUGUGUGUGGGCAGGAGAGGACCUCAGCCAUGCUGACUGUCCAGGUCCCACAGGUGGUGUUCCAGGAGCCACUGCAGAACCUGCAGGUGGAAGAGGGUUCUAAAACCAGCCUUCGGUGCAAGCUGUCGACACCUAACACUGGUGUGGUCUGGAGCAAGGGUGGACUGGAGCUGCAGGCGGAUGAGCGCCGAGAGCCCCGGCAGCAGGGCUGCGUUGUGGAGUUGGUGCUUUGGGAUGUGCGCCGUGAGGAUGCGGGCGAGUACAGCUGCACCUGUGGCUCCCAGACCACGAGCGCCAUGCUCGUAGUCACAGCUGCACCCGUGAGGUUCCUCCAGGAGCUGCAGGCCCAGGAGGUAGACGAGGGGACCACGGCGCACCUGUGCUGCGAGCUGAGCAUGGCAGGCGGGAGUGUGGAAUGGCGCAAGGGGUCCCUGCAGCUCUUCCCCUGCACCAAGUACCAGAUGGUGCAGGAGGGCAGGGUGGUUGAGCUGCGGGUGUGUGAGGUGGAGCAGGAGGAUGCGGGGGACUACACCUGUGACGCCGGCCAUAUGCAGAGUACAGCCAGGCUCUCCGUCCUAGCCCCCAAGCCCACGUUCAAGACUGGCUUGCAGAGUGCAGAGCAGGAGGCAGGUGGUGUGGCCCGGCUGUCUUGCCAGCUGAAUGAGGUUGAUUCUGGGGCACCAGUGCAAUGGCUGAAGGAGGGCAUGGAGCUUCGCGUUGGUCCCAAGUAUGAGAUGCGGUGCCGAGGGGCCACUUGUGAACUGCUGAUCCAUGGGCUGGAAGCAAAAGACACUGGCGAGUAUGCCUGUGUGGUGGGUGGCCAGAAAACUGUGGCCUCUCUCAGAGUCAAAGAGCCCGAGGUGACCAUUGUGCGGGGCCUGGUGGAUGCUGAGGUGCAGGCUGAUGAAGACGCGGAGUUCAGCUGUGAAGUAUCACAGGCUGGAGCCCCGGAUGUGCAGUGGCGCCUGCAGGGCCUGCCCCUGCAGAGCAAUGAGGUCACUGAGGUGGCUGUUGUGGAUGGUCGCAUCCACACGCUCCAGCUGAAGGGCGUGACACCCGAAGACGCCGGGACUGUCUCCUUCCACGUGGGGAACCAUUCAUCCUCUGCUCAGCUCACUGUCCGAGCUCCUGAAGUGACCAUCGUGGAGCCCCUACAGGACCUGCAGCUCAGCGAAGGCCAGGAUGCCCACUUCCGCUGCCGGCUGUCCAGGGCCCUGGGCCAGGAGGCCCGCUGGGCCUUAGGAGGAGUACCCUUACAGGCCAAUGAGAUGAAUGACAUCACUGUGGAGCAGGGCACAUUGCACUUACUCACCCUGCACAAGGUAACCUUGGAGGAUGCGGGGACCAUCACUUUCCAAGUGGGCUCAUGUAGCUCAGAAGCACAGCUGAAGGUCACAGCCAAGAACACAGUGGUUCGGGGCUUGGAGAAUGUGGAUGCCCUUGAGGGCGGUGAGGCGCUGUUUGAGUGCCGUUUGUCUCAGCCUGAGGUGGCUGCGCACACCUGGCUGCUGGAUGAUGAGCCUGUGCACACCUCAGAAAAUGUGGAAGUGGUCUACUUUGAGAACGGCCUGCGGCACCUGCUGCUGCUCAAGAACCUGCGGCCACAGGAUAGUUGCCGGGUGACCUUCCUGGCUGGGGACGUGGUGACAUCUGCGUUCCUCACUGUCAGAGGAUGGCGUUUAGAGGUCAUGGAGCCACCAAAAGAUGUGACGGUACGAGCUGGCGCCCAGGCCAACUUCACCUGCAAGCUCAGUGAGGCGGUGCCUGUGGGAGAGGCAGCCUGGUAUAUCAAUGGUGCUGUGGUCCAGCCAGACGACGCGGCCUGGAAGGUCACUGCUGACGGCAGCCAGCACUCCCUGCUGCUACGGAGUGCUCAGCCCCACCACGCUGGGGAGGUGACCUUUGCUGCCCGUGACGCAGUGGCUUCUGCAAGGCUUUCUGUGCUGAGCCUCCCUGACCCCCCAGAGGAUGCCGAGGUGGUGGGUCGAAGUGGCCGCUCUGUGACCUUGUCCUGGAUGGCUCCCACAAGUGACGGCGGUGGCGGUCUGUGUGGCUAUCGGGUAGAGAUGAAGGAGGGUUCCACAGGCCAGUGGCGUUUAUGCCACGAGCUGGUGCCUGGGCCAGAAUGUGUGGUAGAUGGCCUGGCCCUUGGGGAGACCUAUCGCUUCCGAGUGGCAGCCGUGGGACCAGCAGGUGCCGGGGAACCCGUGCACCUGCCCCAAAUGAUCAAGCUGGCAGAACCCACGGAACCUGCGCCUCCCCCGCCCCCAGUCCCAGAGCGACGCCAGGCGGUGGCUGGUGAGGACGUCUGUCUGGAGUUGGAGGUGGCGACCGAAGCUGGGGAAGUUGUCUGGCACAAGGGGACAGAGCGCAUCCAGCCGGGCGAGCACUUCCAGGUGCUCUCUCAGGGCCGGCAGCAGAUGUUAGUGAUCAAGGGAUUCAAAUCAGAAGACCAGGGCCAGUACCACUGUGGUCCUGCCCAGGGCUCCAUUCCCACCAAGGCUGCCACAUUCCAGGUGGUGCUGACCACAGGCUCUGGGGACGAGGCCCCCGUGCAGCCUAGCCUGCCCCCUGAGGCAGCCCAGGAGGGUGACCUGCACCUGCUCUGGGAAGCCCUCGCCCGGAAGCGCCGCAUGAGCCGUGAGCCCACCCUGGACUCCAUCAGUGAGCUGCCUGAGGAAGACGGUCGUGUGCAGCACCUGCGGCAGGAGGCAGAGGAACUGGCUCCUGAACUCUCCGAGGGGUAUUCCACAGCCGAUGAGCUGGCACGCACUGGAGAGGCUGACCUGUCACAUACCAGCUCUGAUGAUGAGUCCCGAGCGGGCACCCCUUCCCUCAUUACCUACCUCAAGAAAGCUGGAAAGCCUGGGGCACCACCCUUAGCCAGCAAGAUUGGGGCUCCAGCAGUCCCCUCUACGAAGACACAGAAACAUCAGGAGCAACCAGCCACAGUGUGCCCACCCCAGGGAGAGGCGAGGGCUGAGGACCUGAGCGAUCCCUCCAUGGACAAGGCUGCCGUGAAGAUCCAAGCUGCCUUUAAGGGCUACAAAGUGCGGAAGGAGAUGAAGCAGCAGGAAGGGCCGGUGUUCUCCCGCACGUUUGGGGACACUGAGGCACAGGUGGGGGAUGUCCUGAGGCUGGAAUGUGUGGUGGCCAGUAAAGCGGAUGUGCGGGCCUGCUGGCUGAAGGAUGGCGUGGAGCUGACUGAUGGGCGACACCACCAUAUCGAUCAGCUUGGGGAUGGCACCUGCUCUCUGCUGGUCACUGGUCUGGGCCCUGCUGACACUGGCCGCUACACCUGUCGGGUGAGCAACAAGUUUGGCCAUGUGAGCCACAGUGCCUGUGUGGUGGUCAGCGGGACGGAGAGUGAAGCCGAGAGCUCCUCUGGGGGAGAGCUGGACGAUGCCUUCCGACGAGCCGCCAGGCGCCUCCACCGGCUCUUCCGCACCAAGGGCCCCUCUGAGGUGUCAGAUGAGGAGCUCUUCCUCAGCGCCGACGAGGGCACUGCAGAGCCGGAGGAGCCUGCAGACUGGCAGACAUAUCGUGAAGAUGAACAUUUUGUCUGCAUCCGUUUCGAGGCACUCUCUGAGGCCCGCCAGGCAGUCACCCGCUUCCAGGAGAUGUUUGCUACCAUGGGCAUCGGAGUAGAAAUUGGGCUUGUGGAGCAAGGGCCCAAGGGAGUGGAGAUGCGAAUCAGCAAGGUGGCUCCUCUGCCUACCCCCGCAGUGCCUCCGGGGCCUGUGCCCAGCCUGCUGGCUUCUGAUGCUGCCCCAGUGUUCCUGACCCAGCUGCAGAACCAAGAAGUACAGGAUGGCUACCCUGUGAGCUUCGACUGUAUGGUCACAGGCCAGCCGGUGCCUAGUGUGCGCUGGUUCAAGGAUGGGAAAUUGCUGGAGGAGGAUGACCACUAUAUGAUCAAUGAGGACCAGCAGGGUGGUCAUCAGCUCAUCAUCACAGCUGUGGUGCCUGCAGACAUGGGUGUCUACCGCUGCCUGGCUGAGAACAGUGUGGGGGUCUCUUCUACCAAGGCUGAGCUCCGUGUGGACUUGACAAGCACAGACUAUGACACUGCAGCAGAUGCUACAGAGACCUCAUCGUACUUCAGCGCCCAGGGAUACCUGUCCAGCCGGGAACAAGAGGGAACUGAGUCGGAUGAGGGGCAGCUCCCCCAGGUGACAGAGGAGCUGAGAGACGUCCAGGUGGCUCCUGGCACACGCCUGGCCAAGUUCCAACUCAAAGUGAAAGGCUACCCAGCCCCAAGACUGUACUGGUUCAAAGACGGCCAGCCCCUCACAACAUCCGCCCACAUCCGCAUGACUGACAAGAAGUCCUUGCAUACACUGGAGAUCGUCUCAGUUACUCGGGAGGACGCCGGCCAAUACUCGGCUUACAUCAGCAAUGCUGUGGGUGCAGCCUACUCAUCUGCCCAGCUGCUGGUCCAAGGCCCCGAUGAGCCAGACGAGAAAUCAGCAUCAGAUGCACAUGAACAACUGGUGCCACCCCGGAUCCUGGAACGGUUCACCCCCAAGAAAGUGAAGAGGGGUUCCAGUAUCACAUUUUCAGUGAAGGUAGAAGGCCACCCAGCUCCAGCUGUUCACUGGCUCAAGGAGGAGGCGGAGAGAGGUGUGCUGUGGAUUAGCCCCAGCACACCAGGCUACACCAUGGCCAGUUCUUCCCAGCAGCACAGCCUGGUGCUGUUGGAUGUGGGCCGGCAGCACCAGGGCACCUACACGUGCAUUGCCACCAACGCCGCUGGCCAGGCACUCUGCUCUGCCAGUCUGCAUGUCUCGGGCUUGCCCAAGGAAGAGGAGCAAGAGAAAGUGAAGGAAGCUCUCAUUUCCACUUUCCUGCAGGGGACAACCCAUGCUAUCUCGGCCCACAUGUCAGAGUCUGCAGGUUUCACUGAGCUGGCUGGGCAGAAAAAAGAUCUGGCAGCAGAAGAGGCCCGGGGUCACCUGUCUCUUGCUGAGGUGGGCACAGAGGAGUUCCUACAGAAAUUGACUUCCCAGAUUACAGAGAUGGUGUCCGCCAAAAUCACACAGGCCAAGCUCCAGGUGCCUGGGGGUGACAGUGACGAGGAGUCCAAGACCCCGUCCGCCUCCCCACGGCACGGCCGGUCUAGGCCCUCCUCCAGCGUCCAGGAGUCUUCUUCCGAGUCAGAGGACGGAGACUCCCGUGGCGAGAUCUUUGACAUCUACGUGGUGACGGCUGACUACCUGCCCCUGGGGGCCGAGCAGGGGGCCAUUACACUUCGGGAAGGCCAGUAUGUGGAGGUCCUCGACUCAGCCCAUCCCCUGCGUUGGCUCGUGCGCACCAAGCCCACCAAAUCCAGCCCCUCGAGGCAGGGCUGGGUGUCACCCGCCUACCUGGACAAGAGGCUCAAGCUGUCGCCUGAAUGGGGGCCCGCUGAAGCCCCUGAGUUCCCUGGAGAGGCCGUGUCUGAAGGUGAAUACAAGACCAGGCUAAGCUCUGUCAUCCAGGAGCUGCUGAGUUCAGAGCAGGCCUUUGUUGGUGAGCUACAGUUUCUGCAGAGCCACCACAUGCAGCAUCUGGACCGCAGUCCACACGUGCCUGCUGCUGUGGCCAGCCAGAAGACCGUCAUCUUCAGAAAUGUGCAGGACAUCAGCCACUUCCACAGCAGCUUUUUACAGGAACUGACGCAUUGUGACACAGAUGAUGAUGUGGCCAUGUGCUUCAUCAAGAACCAAGAGGCCUUUGAGAAAUACCUUGAGUUCCUGGUGGGCCGUGUGCAAGCCGAGUCUGUGGUUGUCAGCUCACCAGUCCAGGAGUUCUACAAGAAAUACACAGAGGAGACACUGUCAGCCAAGGACCCCUCCCAGCCACCCCCACCCCCACUUCAGCACUACCUGGAGCAACCAGUGGAGCGGAUACAGAAAUACCAGGCCCUGCUGAAGGAGCUGAUCCGGAACAAGGCCCGAAACAGACAGAACUGCGCGUUACUGGAGCAGGCCUAUGCGGUGGUGUCAGCCCUGCCCCAGCGCGCUGAGAACAAGCUGCAUGUGUCCCUCAUGGAGAACUACCCUGGCACCCUAGAAGCCCUGGGAGAGCCCAUCCGCCAGGGCCACUUCAUCGUGUGGGAGGGGGCACCAGGGGCCCGGAUGCCCUGGAAGGGCCACAACCGCCAUGUGUUCCUCUUCCGCAACCACCUGGUGAUCUGCAAGCCCCGGAGAGACUCUCGCACGGACACCUUCAGCUAUGUGUUCCGGAACAUGAUGAAGCUGAGCAGCAUCGACCUGAAUGACCAGGUAGAGGGGGAUGACCGUGCCUUUGAGGUGUGGCAUGAGCGGGAGGACUCGGUGCGCAAAUACCUGCUGCAAGCACGGACCGUCAUCAUCAAAAAUUCCUGGGUGAAGGAGAUCUCUGGCAUCCAGCAGCGCUUGGCCCUGCCAGUGUGGCGUUCUCCAGACUUUGAAGAGGAGCUGGCCGACUGCACAGCUGAGCUGGGUGAGACAGUCAAGUUGGCCUGUCGUGUGACCGGCACACCUAAACCUAUCAUCAGCUGGUAUAAAGAUGGGAAGCCAGUGGAGGUGGACCCUCACCACAUCCUCAUUGAAGACCCUGAUGGCUCAUGUGCCCUCAUCUUGGAUAACUUGACAGGCGUGGACUCUGGCCAGUACAUGUGCUUCGCGGCCAGUGCCGCGGGCAGUGCCAGUACUCUGGGAAAGAUCCUGGUGCAGGUUCCCCCACGGUUUGUGAACAAGGUCCGGGCCUCUCCCUUUGUGGAGGGAGAGGAUGCACAGAUCACUUGCACCGUGGAAGGUGCCCCAUACCCUCAGAUCAGGUGGUACAAGGACGGGGCCCCGCUGACCCCUGGCAGCAAGUACCGAAUGCUGAGUGAGCCCCGUAGUGGUGUGCUGGUGCUGGUGAUCCGGACAGCCACGAAGGAGGACCUGGGGCACUAUGAGUGUGAGCUGGUAAAUCGACUGGGCUCAACGCGUGGUGGCGGAGAGCUGUACAUGCAGAGCCCUGCACUGAGGGCCCAAGACCAGCGCCACCGGGAGCAGCUCAUGGCUGCUGUGGAAGAUACCACCCUGGAGGAGCCUGCCCAGCCAGCCCUGGAUGGAGUAGACCAGAAAGUCCUAUCUGUCCUUCAGAAACUGCUGGGCCCUGGGUCUCUGGGCCCCUCAGUGGAAGACUUCGCUGGUGCCCUUUCAGGAGGGUCUACCACGCUCCAGGAGGCCACCCCCCCACCCCCGGGCACCACGCUCCAGGAGGCCACCCCCCCACCCCCGGGCACCACGCUCCAGGAGGCCACCCCCUCACCCCCGGGCACCGCGCUCCAGGAGGCCACCCCCCCACCCCCGGGCACCACGCUCCAGGAGGCCACCCCCCCACCCCCGGGCACCGCAACCUCAGCUGCAGCCGGAGGAAAGGGGCCCACUACCCAUUUCCCCAAACACUGUGGCCUGGAGUGGGGGGUGGCCAGCAGCAGCAUGGGCAGCUGUACUUGGGGCUCACAGUGGCGGAGGCCCUUCGAGGUCUUCGGGGAGAACAUUGCAGCCCCAGGUCCACACUCACCUGAUGGCGUCCUCAGGCGACAGCAUGAGGGAAAGGUGACCAAGGCAGGGAGAACCCCAGGAGGGCAGGGUGCAGACGAUGCGGGAGACAGUGAGCUGUACGCUGUGGAUGGGGCUGGGGAAGAACACAGGGACCGAGAGGUUCCCCAGUUGGCCACAGAUCCACUGCGAGCUGAAACUCAAAAGGUCCCACGGCUUCUCCCCCAUGAAGACCUGGAGCGGGAGACAGUAGCCUCUGCUGGGACCCAGGAGCGGACCGUGCCCAUUCGGGUGGAGGGCCCGGGCUGGUCCGGAGCAGGUACAGGGCAGCGGCUCUGGGACGUGCACAGCCACAUGGUUGUGGAGACCACACAGAGGACAUACUUGUACCAGGCCACAGAUGCUAGUGCUGCAAGCCCGCCGUCCAUGCAGGUCACCAUUGAGGAUGUGCAGGUACAGGCAGGGGACACCGCACAGUUUGAGGCUGUUAUUGAGGGCAACCCGCAGCCCACAGUAACCUGGUACAAGGACAGUGUCCAGCUGGUGGACAGCACCCGGCUCAGCCAGCAGCAGGAUGGAGCCGUGUAUUCCCUGGUGCUGAAGGAUGUGUCUCAGCACGAUGCUGGCAUCUAUACCUGUCUUGCCCAAAAUGCUGGUGGACAGGUGCUGUGCAAGGCAGAGCUUCUGGUUUGUGAGGGAGACAGGAAGCCAGAUUCAGAGAAACAAAGCUACCGAAGGAAGCUGCAUUCCUUCUACGAGGUCAAAGAAGAGAUUGGGAGGGGUGUGUUUGGCUUUGUGAAAAGGGUACAACACAAAGGAAACAAGAUGCUCUGUGCUGCCAAGUUCAUCCCUCUGCGGAGCAAAACCAGGGCCCAGGGCUACCGCGAGCGAGACAUUCUGGCUACACUCAGCCACCCCCUGAUCACUGGACUAUUGGACGAGUUUGAGACCCGGAAGACUCUUAUUCUCAUUUUGGAGUUGUGCUCAUCCGAGGAGCUGCUGGACCGCCUGUUCAAGAAGGGUGUGGUGACAGAAGCUGAGGUCAAAGUCUACAUCCAGCAGCUGGUGGAGGGGCUGCACUAUCUGCACAGCCAUGAUGUCCUCCAUCUGGACAUAAAGCCCCCUAACAUCCUGAUGGUGCACCCUGCUCGUGAAGACAUUAAGAUCUGUGACUUCGGCUUUGCCCAAAAGAUCACUCCUUUAGAGCCACAGUUCAGCAAGUAUGGCUCUCCUGAGUUUGUGUCCCCUGAGAUCAUCGAACAGAGCCCCGUGAGCCCAGGCUCUGAUAUCUGGGCCAUGGGGGUCGUCUGCUACCUCAGCCUGACCUGCUCAUCCCCAUUUGCUGGUGAGAGCGACCGUGCCACCCUGUUGAAUGUUCUGGAAGGGCGAGUAUCUUGGAGCAGCCCCAUGGCUGCCCACCUGACUGAAGAUGCGAAGGACUUCAUUAGGGCCACACUGCAGAGGGCUCCUGGGGCCCGGCCCAGUGCCUCCCAGUGCCUCACCCACUCCUGGUUCCUGAGGUCCAUGCCUGCCGAGGAGGCCCACUUCAUCAACACCAAGCAGCUCAAGUUCCUUUUGGCUCGAAGUCGCUGGCAGCGCUCCUUGAUGAGCUACAAGUCCAUCCUGGUGAUGCGCUCCAUCCCGGAGCUGUUCCAGGGCCCACCCGACAGCCCGUCCCUGGGCGUGGCCCGGCACCUGCGCGGGGAUGCCAGCGGCUCCUCGAGCUCCACCUCUUCCUCAGACAACGAGCUCGCCCCGUUCGCCAGAGCCAAGUCGCUGCCCCCCUCCCCGGUCUCCCACUCUCCACUUCUGCACCCUCGGGGCUUCCUGCGGCCCUCCUCCAGCCUGCCAGAGGAGGCCGAGGCCUGCUCGGCCGUGGAAGCCGCAGGCCCACCCACAUCGCCGCAAGGGACGGGGCCGCCGGCGUCGCCUGGCUCCGUGCCCAGACACAGUGUCAUCCGCAGCCUGUUCUACCAGCAGGCAGGGGAGGGGUCGGAGCGCGGGAGUCUAUCCCCCAGGGUCCGGAGACACCAGGCGAGGCGAAGGCACCUGCUGAAAGGAGGGUACAUUGCCAAGGCCCUGCCCGGCUUGCGUGAGCCGCUGAUGGAGCACCAAGCGCUGGAGGAAGAGGCUGACCAGGAGGAGCAGGCCAUGCUCAUGACCAAGACGCCCUCCUUCGAGGCCGGCCUGCAGCAGCCCAGCGCGAAGGCCCGUGAGGCCCCUGGCCUCAGCCACUCCCUGGGUCAGCCGCCGGGCACCACCAGCCCCUCCUCGGAGGCCUGCAGCGAGGGACACUGUCCACCCUCAGCACCCCUGGGGGCCUCUGCCCGGGGUGGGGGACACCCUGAGGAGACAGGGCCCCCUUUUCUGCCUGUCAGUGGUGACGUAGGACCUGCUCAACAAGCGGGGGCAUCCAAGGACAGCCAUCGGGGGCAACCAGGCUGUCACCUUGAGCCUGGUGCUUUCCCGCAGGAGGGCUGUGGGUCCUGCUCCACACAGCCCCCUGGCUGUGUCUCUCUGGGGUCAUUUGAGGAGGCAGGGCCCCUACCCUGCAGGCCCUUCCUCUCAGGACAGCCUCAGACAGCCCCCACAGCAGCCCAGGGAAGCCCCCGACUGGGCUCUCAGAAAGGGCCUGAGGACACCUCUCCAGCCUCCAAGGUGACCCCAGAGCCCAGACCAUCCCUGGCCACGGAGAGCUUGUGGCAGGACACCGGGGAUGCCCCAGACUCACCACCCCGCCUUCCGAAGCCUCAGGAGCAAGCGACCACCCGCAAGUUUUCCCUGGAGUCCCGCGGGGGCUACGCAGGGGUCUCAGGCUACGGCACCUUUGCCUUUGGGGGGGAUGCGGGGGGGCUGCUGGGGCAGGGUCCGCUGUGGGCCAGGAUGGCCUGGGCCACAUCCCAGUCCUCUGAAGAGCAGGAGGAGGUCGGGGCUGGCAGCUCCCAGCCCCAGGCCAGCUCAGAACCUGUGCUGGCGGCCAGUGGGGCUCCCCGGAGGGAGGCCAGUGGGGUCCCCCUGAGGACCUCCCCAGAGCCAACCUCGUGGGAAGAAAUCGGACAGGUCUCCUUGGUGCAGAUCCGGGACCUGUCCAGUGACGCUGAGGCAGCUGACACCAUAUCCCUGGACAUCUCUGAGGUGGACCCUGCCUACCUCAACCUCUCUGAUCUGUAUGACAUUAAAUACCUCCCAUUCGAGUUCAUGAUCUUCCGGAGAGUCCCAAAGCCUUCAGAACCGCAGGAGCCGCCCUCCCCGGAGGCUGAGGGGGAGGCGGGGCUGGCGGAGUUCCCAGAGGAGGCUGCAUGGCCCUGGCCCAGCGAGUUAGGCCUGGAGAUCACAGAGGAGCCCGAGGACCUGGAGGCUCUUCUAGGGGAGGCCGCUAUGGGCAGGAAGCGCAAGUGGUCCCCGUCCCGCAGCCUCUUCCAGUUCCCCUCCAGGUACCUGCCAGCCGACCGGGAGCCCACAGAGCUGGGCCUGCGCCAGAGAGUGAAGGCUUCCAUGGCUCACAUUUCCAGGAUCCUCAAGGGCAAACCAGAAGGCCCUGAGAAGGAGGAGCCCCCUAGGAAGAAGGCAGGCCUGGCUUCCUUCCGGCUGUCUGGCCUGAAGGGCAGGGACCAAGCACCCUCCUUCCUAAGGGAGCUCUCUGAUGAAACUGUGGUCUUGGGCCAGUCCGUGACGCUAGCCUGCCAGGUGUUGGCCCAGCCAGCUGCCCAGGCCACCUGGAGCAAAGACGGAGCCCUCCUGGAGAGCAGCAGCCGUCUCCUCAUCUCAUCCACCCUGAAGAACUUCCAGCUGCUGACCAUCUUGGUGGUGACUGCCGAGGACCUAGGCGUGUACACAUGCAGUGUGAGCAACCCACUGGGGACGGUGGCCACCACCGGUGUCCUCCGGAAGGCAGAGCGCCCCUCAGCCUCACCACGUCCAGACAUCGGAGAGGUGUAUGUGGACAGGGUAUUGCUGGUCUGGAAGCCCGUAGAAUCCUUCGGUCCCGUGACCUACAUUGUGCAGUGCUGCAUGGAAGGUGGCAGCUGGACCACCCUGGCCUCCGACCUCUCUGACUGCUGCUAUCUGACUAGCAGGCUGUCCCGGGGUGGCACGUAUGCCUUCCGGACGGCCUGUGUCAGCAAGGCAGGAAUGGGGCCCUACAGCAGCCCCUCGGAACACGUUGUCCUCGGAGGGCCCAGCUACCUGGCUUCUGAGGAGGAGAGUGGCUGGGGGCAGCCAGUGCAGCCCCUUCCCAGCACCAAGACCUUCGCCUUCCAGAUGCAGAUCAGGAGGGGGCGUUUCAGUGUGGUGCGGCAGUGCCGGGAGAAGGUGAGCGGGCGGGCACUGGCUGCUAAAAUUGUCCCCUACUGGCCUGAAGACAAGACUGCUGUGCUUCGGGAGUAUGAGGCCCUCAAGCGGCUGCGCCACCCCCAUCUGGCCCAGCUCCAUGCCGCCUACCUCAGCCCGCGGCACCUGGUGCUCAUCCUGGAGCUGUGUUCUGGACCUGAGCUGCUUCCCUGCCUGGCUGAGAGACCCUCCUACUCGGAGUCUGAAGUGAAGGACUACCUGUGGCAGAUGCUGAGUGCCACCCAGUACCUGCACGCCCAGCACAUUCUGCACCUGGACCUGCGGUCUGAGAACAUGAUGGUGACGGAGUACAACCUGCUCAAGGUGGUGGACCUGGGCAACGCCCAGAGCCUCCGCCGGGAGAAGGUGCCGCCCCCGGACAACUUCAGGGACUACCUGGAGACCAUGGCUCCCGAGCUCCUGGACGGCCAGGGGGCGGUGCCGCAGACGGACAUCUGGGCCAUCGGAGUGACGGCCUUCAUCAUGCUGAGCGCCGAGUACCCCGUGAGCAGCGAAGGGGCGCGAGACCUGCAGCGAGGCCUGCGCAAGGGGCGCGUGCGGCUGGGCCGCUGCUACGCGGGGCUUUCCGGGGGCGCCGUGUCCUUCCUGAGCCCAGAGGUCCCCGGCCUCGGCCUCCAGGGCGACCCUCGGGGCCGCGCCGGGCCACCGGUCGUCCGCUCGGUCGAGCAUCUCCUCCGGACGCCGCCGGGGAGGCCGGUCUCCCCGCAGGGGCAGCGCCCUGGGAGCCCUCCGACGCCGGUAGGACUGGCGACCGCUCCCCUCUUCCCCGCGGACACACGGGACGUCUCCUCCUUCACCGGUGCGUUGUAG